UGGACGCCCAUUUACCUUGUUCCAGAUAAGCGUACGGAUGCGUGGCUGCUGGUCUACUCCCCGGUCCCCGUGGCCAUCAUCUUCCUGCUGUACCUGUGUGUGGUGUGGGCCGGACCUCGUCUGAUGAAACACAGAGAGCCCCUCGACCUCAAAGGCGUCCUCAUCGUCUACAACUUCUCCAUGGUCGGCCUGUCAGGAUACAUGUUCUAUGAGUUCCUGGUCACAUCCUGGCUCUCGAACUACAGCUACCUCUGUCAGCCGGUAGAUUACAGCAACAGCCCACUGGCAGUGAGGAUGGCCAAGGCCUGCUGGUGGUUCUUCUUCUCAAAGGUCAUAGAGCUCAGUGACACGCUCUUCUUCAUCCUGAGGAAGAAGAACCGGCAGCUGACGUUCCUCCACACAUUCCACCACGGACCCCUGAUGUUCAACUGGUGGGCGGGAAUCAAGUUUGUGCCAGGAGGACAAUGUAAGUCAACUUUUUUAUUCAUUUACUGUCAAUGACAUUUACAAAACACU